GGUGCUUUGUACCGAGCACAAUUGGUGGAGCCGUGUCUCGCAGGUGAUGGUUAUCAUUGGAGAGGAGGAGAUUAUUGCAAACAGUUAGAUUGCAGGCCAAGUGUCACACGUCUGAAGUACUCUGGGUUUGGCCUGAUAAGCGAACGAAAACACUGAAAGCGAGCGGCGGCAAUGACUCGGCCAUCGUGGGUAUCAGUUUUGUUUGGGCUGUGUUUGGUGCUGGGCGCUCGGAGUGACGUAACAUCGACAGCAGCGAACAUGACCGACAUUCAACAGGUUUUUGCCCACCAUGAGGUGAUUCCCGACGUGGUGGACGUAGCACCGAAGGAGUCAGCGAAGAUAUCUUACCCGAGUGGCGUGACCGUUCAGGGUGGCAAUGAGCUUCGCCCGGCCCAGGUCAAGGACCAACCGAAAGUUGAGUGGGCCGCCGAUCCGAACAAGUUCUACACGCUGUUUAUGGUCGAUCCGGAUGCACCGAGCCGCAAGGAGCCGAAGCUCCGCGAGAUUGGCCACUGGCUCGUGGGCAACAUACCCGGCAACCGGGUGGAGGACGGUGACCACAUGUACGCGUUCGUCGGAUCCGGACCCCCCAGCGGUUCCGGACUGCACCGGUACGUGUUCCUGGUGUACGAGCAGCCCGCGGGUCGCAUCGAUUUCUCGCAGGCUCCCCGCGUGUCCAACCGGAGUCGUAACCAUCGCGUCAGCUACAAGCACCGGGAGUUUGUGAAGCAGUACGGCCUCGGAACGCUGGUCGCCGGUAACUUCUACCAGGCACAGUACGACGAUUACGUUCCAACGCUGCACGCGCAGCUCUCAUCCGGUACGGAGUAGACGGGAUUGGACAUCCGGCU